UUCACCCUCUUAUUUCUUGUGGCGGCUGUAGUCAGGGAUGUAUCUGUGUGUAUGUGCGUGGCUGAAGGUUGUGUGAGAUUUGUGUGUGUGUGUAUAUGGGUGAGAGAGAGAGAGAGAGAGAGAGAGCUGUGAUUCUUACAACUGUCAGGAUAUAUGACAGGAGGGUGAUAGGACGAAGGGAAGAAUGAGAGAAAGGAAGGGAGGAAGGAGGUGUUGAAGGGUGGAUGUGGAUUAACGUCGCUGCAGAAGAGAAUCACAGCGAGUCAUCGUUUCCUUUGAGCUGCAGAGAGAACGACAGGAAGCUUCAUCACUCCAUCUUUGUUUGUGCACUGGCUGAGGGAGGCAGAGGAGGAGGCAAAAAGAGAGAGAAGGGUAGGAAGACAGGAGGAGGCAAAAGAGGAGAAAACAAAGGUGGGUAAGAAGGAGGAAAAGAAAGAGGAAAGGACGGGGGGAGCUGAGAGGUAGAAAGAAGGAAACACGGAAGGGGACACACAAGGCAAUAUGAAAGGAGUCACUAAAGGAUGCAAACAUUGAGGCAAAAAAGGUGAUAUUGAAGGAGACAAUAAAGGAGACAAUAAAGGAAACAAAAAGAAGAGAUGGAGAGAGUCUAAGUCCUAACUGGUCUCCUUGAGUCAUGACGUCUCAAGAGGAGGCUUCUUCCUUCAGGAGGUUUUUUCAGUAUGUGGAGGACAGCGGCCUUCGAACCUAUGACGGUCUGGUGAUCCAAAAUGCUUCAGAUAUUGCCAGAGAGAGCGACCGCAUCCGCAACCAGACUAACUGGGCCUACCUGCAGGAGAAACACCAGAAAAAGAGACGGCAGGAAGAUGCCAUCAAGAGGAUAAGCGAAGAUGUUGCCAUGGCAACAGAAGGGACGUACUCUGGGAAACAUUUCAGGAUGGGUUUCAUGACAAUGCCAGCACCACAGGAUCGUCUGCCCCCUCCCAGUCAGGGCUUCACUGUCCGAUCACAGUCCCUCCACUCAGUGGGGGGCGGAGACGACGACUCCAACCAAAACCCCAAAUUACCCCCACCCAAACCCCGGAGAGACCCCAACACCAAACUGACCGACAGCUCCGAGACCAUGAAUGGCUCUGCACCAGCAAGUAGGAAGGACUCCCACGACACCAGAGAGAUUGUGGAGCAUGCUGAAGCUAAAUGCCACCUUUAUAGUGAAGACUUCAAGAAGAUGCCUCCACCUAAACCCAAACGGAACCCAAACACUCAGCUCAGCACCUCUUUUGAUGAAUCUUACAUACGUAGCCAUGGAAGCAAGAAAUCGUCAUUGCGUUGGGACAGUUCGUUGUCUCAGAGUCAGAGUCCUGCGUCUCGAGAUACGGAUGAUGAGGAACCGGUCUACAUUGAGAUGGUGGGAAACAUCCUGCGAGAGGUUAAAUGUCAGGAAGCUUUGGAGGACGAGCAGAAUGAGUCUGUGUAUGAGGAGAUGAAGUACCCGAUGGAGGACUUCCUGCAGGAGGCCCACUCUGCAUUCAUGGAUCCUGAAGGAUGGUCAUCUCGGGACUCUAUUUUUGACAUUCCUCCACCCUUCCCCAACCUCCUGACCCACCGCCCACCGCUGCUCGUCUUCCCCCCUGCUCCCGCUCAAUGCUCCCCGAAUUCUGAUGAGUCCCCCCUGACCCCUUUAGAAGUCACCCGCCUACCCAUGAUGGAUAACGUCUCAUACAGUAAGUCGGGCGGUGUCGAACAGGCACAGACCUCCAGCCACCACCGGAAAGAAAAAGACCGGCAUCAGGACAGAGAACAAAACAGAGAAAGGGAUCUAACCUCCACCCACACCAUCACUUCCUCUGGCCGCUCAUCUGCACCGCCCCUCCCCUCAAACCUUUAUAAGUCCUCUAAUUCAGCCCACGGUGGUCAUGGUUACCCCCGCAGCCAAUCAGCAUGCCCAUCUCCAGUGAGCAUGGGUCGCUCUCUGACUCCUCUAAGCUUAAAGAGACCACCACCCUACGAUGUUCUGAUGGCAGGAGGAAGCAUGCCUCGCUCGUCCUCUUCAUCUUCCUCCUCCUCCCAAAGGGCAGGAGAAGGCGGGGCCAAACUCAGUAACUCCUCCUCUACCCACGGCUCCAUGCAGAACGUGUCGAUGAGGUCACAAACUCCAACAAGCCCAUUGGAUGAUCUCAACAACAUGUUUACAUCAGGGAGAAAGGUGAUGAAGAAAGGCAGCAGGAAAAGCCGCAACAGUGAAGGAGACUCCAGAUCUCUUCCCAGACAGCAUAGUAAAGACAGAGACGGACAGUCCAGUCCAGUGUCAGGCAGGAUGGGGAGAUCAUCCGUCAGCCCCACCAUGAUGCUGUGUGGAGGAGGAGCAGGAGGAGGAGGAGGAGCAGAAUCAAAGUCGGCUUGUAAACUCGGCCGAUCAGCUUCAACGUCAGGAGUACCUUCCCCAGGUGGGACGCCACAACGCCAUCAGCAGCUCCACCCCGCCCUCAGCCAGAUGCCGUGGCUCUGUGGAGACUCCACCAUGAUGGAGAUGAUUGAGAAGAAAAGAGUUUUGUGUCGAGAGAUUAAAGCUCGUCAGCGUCCAGAGAAGAAUCUGUGUAAACAAGACAGCAUGCCCAUCCUACCCAGCUGGAGGAGGAAGCAGCCACCGCCAUAUUCUGCCCCGCCCACCUCCACAGCUGGACACAGCAGCACGGUGUUCUGGGACACAGCCAUCUGAAAAACACACCAACAGAUGUUGGUUUGUUUGUUUGAACCACACAAAAACAACAUGACAACAACAACAACAACAACAGAUGUUUGAACAACACAAAAACAAUCCAACAAGAACAGAGGCCCGUUUCAGAGAGCAGGUUUAGUUCAAACUCUGA